UUUUGAUCUAUCAAACAAAACUGUCGCAAUGGCUGAUAAUUUAGAAUCUAUGUACGAUCACAUAGAUUUUAACCCCCCUACAAAUUCUUCACAAUCGGGAAAGAGCGAUAUAUCCAUCGAUGAUCACUUAAAAACGAAUAACAUCGAGAUCGAGCAUGAUUGGAACAAAAUGUCCAAGAGCCAGAUAAACGCCGGCUAUAAAGACGGUUACCAAUCCAGUUAUGAUAGAGCGCAUCUAGAUGCAUUCGACAUUUCAUUUUUCAUCUCCACCUCAUACCAUUUUGUGCUUAACAAAUACCGCGCGCAGAUCCUCUUCUUUUAUCAACAUCAUGACACAUUCAACUCGAAUUUACCAGUUAAUAUGAAUAACUCGAAUAAUAAUCGUUUAGAUAUUUUGAAAAUGAAAUUGGAGGAAGCGAAACAUCUUUUAGAAAAAAUGGACCAAAUCGAAGAAAGUUACAAGAACGGGGCCGCAUUUCAAUACUUUAAAAAUACUGAUAUAUUAAACGACGCUAAUAUUUUGGAGUUUAAUAAAGAUGACAAAAUUCCAAUCACAUGUCUAUCUUCAAACCAUUUUAUAAAUGGCGACCAAAAUCCGCAAUAUCUCUAUCAUGCUUUUAUCGUAUCGGUAUUAAAGGAUUGCGAAAAUUUUAUGAAUUCUAUCGAUACGACCAAUAUGCUUUCAUGACAAAAUCUAUAUAAACAAAACGAUGAAAAUUAUUCGAAUAUUUACAUAAGUCUGCGGUUUACAAACACGAUAUUUUUUUGUCAAAACUACUUCAUGAAAUCAUGAUGAUAAUAAAGAUCAAAGGCUUAGUGGACCUAGAGACCUCCAAUAAAAUUUAUGGCAGAAAAACUCGCCUAAUAGUCCCUCUACCCAUAGAAAAAUCCUGAAUACGCAUAUGACCUAUAUAGUAUAUACAAACAUAAAGUUGAAUUCUAAUGUCUGAUGAAGAUGAUAAAGAAACUCAUUUUAAUAAUACAGUCCGCGAAAAUAUCGUGUGCUUGAUAUUUUUUAUUAUUUUUUAUUUAAUUUCUUCAUUAAUAUUGACCUUGUUUUGGCAAAAUCAAGAUCAGGGGUUAUCAUAUUCAGAUUUAGAAGAUAUAUUUAUAUCAAAAAUCACUUUUGCUAUUACUGCAUUUUCCUUAGCGAUUUGUUUUGCAUCAUCACUUAUGCUUCCUAUAUCAAUUAUUAGCAAUGAAAUACUUAUUAUUUAUCCAGACAAUGAAGAUCUUAAUUGGUUGAAUACUUCAUUAAUUCACAGUCUAUGGAAUUAUAUAUUCCUCCUAUCUAAUUGUUGUUUAUUUGUAUUAUUGCCAUUUGCCUACUUUUUUGCAGAAUCUAUAGGAUUUACUGGAAUACGCAAGGGCAUUUUAAAUAGGCUUUAUGAAACUAGUAUUGUGUCCUUGUUAUAUUAUAUUAUGAUUGUUGGCAUUUCAUGGCUCAUAUUUUCUACAAUUCAGAAUGAAGACACCAGUCAUUCUAAUAAAUUAUGGAUAUAUAUAUGGACAUAUUAUGUGCCAUUUUCCUAUCAUUGUAUAUCUUUGUUUGGGGUUUUGACUCUAUUAGUUUGCACUCCAAUCGGUUUCACAAGAAUAUUUGAUGUCAUUGGUGAUUUAGUCAUUAAACCAAAGUCAUUCCAUGAUUUAGAAGAGGAGAGAAAUUUAAUUCAAAUGGAAGAAAUACACCUAAAGCAAAGAAUGAUUUUAGCUAAAAAUGAGAAAGACCAUUUUAAAAGUGACAAUGAAUCGCAAAUAUACGUUCAAAUUCGCUCGACUGUCAUCAUAUGUAAUGGCCAUCAUUCCAACUUUAACAAGAAAAUUAUUAACAACCCCCAACAUUUCCCCCUUUAUAAAAACGAAUAUCCUACGAAUAAGCUCACGGAAGGAAGUUACGAUGAGAUUCGUACUAAAAUACAGGAUUUGGAUAGUUCUAUACGAGCCUCUUUUUGGAAGCGGAAUGUCAACUAUCCUUUCUUCGUUUUAUUUCUGUUCAUUUUGACGGCCUUGUCAGUUGUCAUAGUGGGUGUACACUGUUUAGAAUUGCUGGUGGAUGAAAAAGCAUUGCCUUCGUUUUCAAAACAUAUCAAUAUAGGAAAUACAUCUUUAUCGUUUAUUGGACCACUCGGUGGCUUCUUGGACGUCAUUAUAAUUUUUUACCUGAAAAUAGCCAGUUUUAUUGGUUUCGUUGGUCUUCCCUGUUUCGCACGUAUUAAACCUAAAUUAAAAGGAACAUCGCUCACCAAAAUAAUCCUCAAUUGCGGCAUUUUCCUCAUACUAACCUCAGCGUUUCCCGUGUUCUCUCGAACUAUAGGUAUUACGAAAUUCGAUCUCAUAGGCAAUUUGGGAAAACUCCAAUGGUUAGGCAACUUUUACCUGGUCCUAUUUUACAAUUUAGUCUUCGUACUCGCCACCGCCUGGUGUCUAACCAAUAAAUUCACUCGCGCCAUGAAAUUAGAACUUUACAAUAGAUUUUUAUCAUUCGUUCCUUACCCGCUUCCCACUUUUUCCUCUUGUAAUGUUCAUUCCCUCAUUCUCUUCGCAUCAGCCAAAAUUAUUAAAUUUCGAAUAAUUACGCAUUUGAAUUAAAAAUGCUGAUAUAUAUUUUUUAAAUAAUAUUUUAUCUUUGACAUUCGAUGAAUCAAAAUUUUCUUUAAAUACAAUUUUAAUUAUGUAAAAUUUACAUUUUUAUCGAGUCAUCUCCGAUUUUUUUUGCAUUAGCUCAUUUCUAAUAAAUAUGCUACUAAUAAAAUUGCAAUAAUAUAUAAUUUUGUAUUAUAAACUAUCCAAAUGAUUUAUAUUUUUUUGAAAAUAAGAUGGAAAUUUGCACGCUAUUGUUUAAAGAAAAAAAAUCAAAACAUAUUUUUAUGCAAUUAUAAUUACACGAAAUUUCCUUAUUUAUUUAUUUAUAUUAUAAUUAACACUGUCAUUGACAUUCAAAUUUAUUUUUGAGUUAUUUAUUGCAGUCACAAUUAAUUAUUUAGAUGGAUAUAGUUCUCUGAUUUUUUUUUUAAAUAUGCAAAUUGGGAAAACUCAUUGAUUCAAAUCAUUAAAAACAUUAUUUAAUAUUGCUUCCUGAUUUAUGUAUUAUUAUUUACCAUAUAUCUCGACCCCUUAUUAAAUUCAGUUAAUUAAAAAUCA